AUGGUGCAGGGCAUGCAUAGACAAGUGCAUGAGCAGAAAUUCUUACGUACGGAGACGACUCGAGGCUAUCCGUGCAUUGGCCCAGCCUGGCUCUCUGGGAUAUAAAAUGCACUAAAAAUUCGAACCUCAGAGCAACUCGCUCAGGGAUAUCGAUUGACCGACAUGCUUUGGAUUUGCUCGUACGUGGUGCUCCUCUAUGAGUACCUUAUUACGCUCGACGACGAGAUAUCCUUCAUCUGGACGGGCGGGUGGACGCGAGCGAGGAUUCUAUACUUAGCGAAUCGUUACUGGCCGCUUGUCAACUUGAUACCCUCAGUUAUAUCUCUCAACCUCGACAAUCCUGGAGCCAGGUUCUGCGCCUUCUGCUAUGCUUGGUUUACAUUUUCGAACCUUGUAACCCAGUUCACCACAACCCUUAUCCUCAUUCUCCGAUUGUAUGCGAUGUACGGGAGCAGCAAGAAACUCCUGUAUUUUAUGUUGUCACUGCAGGUUGCCAUGCUCGCUUUACAGGGCGCUAUGACAACUUUCAUGACAGGUGGUGCCAAGUUGAUGCCCUUGUCUCAUGUAUCUGGCUGUCUACCAGGGCACUGGGUCUUACAGCCCUGGGCGUACGGGAUCCCAACCGGUGUGCUCGACGGCGUCCUCUUCUUCCUUGUCACUAUCAAGUCGAUUCGACAUUUCCUCAGUCAGGACAGGCACACACCAGAGCUUUUCGUCGUUAUGCUGGCAGAUUCGAUAGUGUACUUUGCCUCGGUAGUUGCUGUGUUUGUGGCGAAUCUGACUGCGUGGGUGAUCGGAGGGGCGGCACUCUUUGCGGCACUACCCGAGACGCUCAUAGUGGCGUACUCGAUCAUCGGGUGUCGAAUGCUGAUCAACGUCAAGAAGACGGUACAGCCUUGGAACGCUGCGCCUUGGAGAAACGAAGACACGGCGGUAUUCUCAGCGGUUGUAAGACCCUUAAGUUUCUUCCGCAUGAGUGUCCGCACACUUCUCCCCGUGGCGCAAGAUAACAGUUCAACGUGAAUCACGUUCACGUAGACGAGUGCUAGUUGCGCACAGCGGUCUGUAAAAUGCUCUUGUUAUAUGCUUUUGGGAUAUCAUUACAGCCUUACAGGAGCACAUCUUUCUUCGUUUCUACAGCGAACCAGUCUGAGACAACAUAAAUAAGCGAUUUUCCUUUCCGGGUAAGACACAGCAAUACCUAACUUACGC